AACUAGGAUGCCACAUAGAUAAAUUUAUGUUACUACUUUAUAUACAUUUAACGCUGAAUAAAAUGAAAUAGUAUUUCAAAUUUACAUCAAACUCAUGUUGACCAUACAUAGCCAUCUUUGUGAUUAGUGGUCAUCUUCUUGCUCUUGUAAAAUCCUUCUUAAAGUACACAUUUUUGCGUAUUUUUCUGUUUCUAUCAAAUGCAUUCCUCUAGAUCUUUUAAAUAUGUAUUUUUUUUCUUUAUUUGCUUUCUUCAUUACAAUUUUGUAUACUUUUUUUUUCUGUAUGUCCUUCCGUUGAUGCAGUUAGUUGUUUCCUCGACUCCAUUAUAAGUACUGUUUUUAAAAAGUUAUUCUUAAAACAGUAAGGGGGAAUAUUACAAGUGUUAUUUGCUUUGGAUUCAAUCUAAGAAUGGAAUUAGGAUGACUUUCUAUUGCAGCAUGAAAGUUGAGAUUUCUUGAUAAACAGCAAGUUCCUUACGUGUAACCUAACAUAUUCUUAUUCAUUCCUUUAUAAGGAGUAAGGACCAGUUAAUAUCGCGUCUUUAUUGCCCAAACAUUAGUCCCCUUCCAACUUUUGUAUCCACUGUGCUGCUUUAAGGUACAAGUUUCAUCUCAAUACAACAUGUAAGGCUUUUUCUAUUUCAUUUUUGAGUUUUUAUUAUAUAUGUGGAAAUACUGAAAAACAUAAAGAAGUAGGAUUUAAUCAUGUUAUAUGCUUUUUCAAUUCUAUUAUUGUUCAUUAGAACGGUGGUGUGAUAUUUAGUUGUGGAUUUUAAAAUGGUUCACAAAGAUUGAGUUGAAAUCACCAAGUAAAAGGAUAUAUGUUUUGUUGUGUAUCCUGUAUCCAUGAUAUCUGAUAAGCAGAAGGAAAUUGAUCAUGAGUUUGCCUUUGAUCAUAAAAUCUUGUUUGGAAAAAAACCAAGCUAAUUAAGACGAGCAUUUGUCUGCAUGAUUUAUAUGUCGUAUUCAGAUUUAUUUAGAUGUUGAAACCAUGAACUUCACUUAAUGUGCAAGUUGAGAUCGAACCUUGAUCUCAUGGUUUCUACUUGAUAAACUUAAUUAAGAGUGUAAGAUAUUUCUACGCACGAUUGACCAAUGAUUUUUUUUUUGUUUUCUUAUGAGGGCAUAGAUAUUCACGUUUCUAGCUGCAUCCAUUUGUGUAGCUAGACAUUUCAUCGAUAUCUGAAAUGGAGCAACUUGUGCACUUCAGUCACAAUCAUCCACUCAACCUUGUCCAACUACAGCCAAACCACAAUGAAGAGGAAGAGGAAGAGGAAGAUGUAGAUGACUUUGUGGUUGAAGACCACCAUGUUGGCCAAUGCAACAUGUGUGAGGAAGACAUCUAUUCAUUUCAUUUGUGUUACUACACCUGCAAGAAUUGCAACUACUCUUUACACAAAUUUUGUGCAGAAAUCCCCAAAACCCUACAAGACCACCCAUUACAUGAUCCUAACCACAACCUUACCUUGUCCAAGAUAUUUCAAUAUAGUCAUCGUUAUUUUCAUUCUGAUCAAGAAUGGACAUGUGGUGUUUGCAAUCGUAAACGGAAGAACAUGUUCAAUUACCAUUGUUCCAUUUGCAAAUUCAGUAUGGACAUAAUUUGUGCUACCAUGUCUCAACAAAAGAUAGACCACCCUAGCCACCAUCACCAACUGCAACGUAACCCAAAGAAAUUGGUAUCUAUUUGCAAUGCAUGUGGUCGUGAACAUGAAGGGACUUUCUACCACUGCACCACUUGUUAUUGGUUUUGGAUCCAUCAGGAUUGUGCUUUGUCGCCUACCAAAUUACUUAUCCAACAACCUACUAAUCACACUUUCACUCAUUCUCAUCCACUUACCCUUACAUAUUCCUUUCCCGCCACUGAUCAAGAAGUCAAGUUCUAUCCCAGAUGUAGAAUUUGUGAUACACGCUUCUAUAUUUACUUUUGGGUUUACAAGUGUGAUAAAUGUCGAUACUAUGUCCACAUUCACUGUGCAACUUCAAAGUUCGUCCAGUUUUUGCGCCCAGGUCGUGGAAAGGUUUAUAAAAAUUUCAAAGAUGAUGACCAUCCUAAUCUUCUACGUUGUCCAUUUGCUGAUGAAAGUUACAACCUUGUCAAGCACCAUUUUAUCAAGAAUCACAAGGACUUUGUAGUACUUGAGGAAAACAACCAUGGUGAACCGCUCAACCAUGAUACCCAUAAUCACCCACUGGUUCUUGUAGACAAGCAAACAUCACUCAAUAAGAAUUCGAUUUUACUUCACAACCCCUUGAAGAAAAUUCAACUAUUAUGUGAUGGAUGUGUGAAACCAAUCACAGAAAUACCGUUUUACAAGUGUUUAGAAGAUGUACAUUGUGGGUUUGUUCUUCAUGAGUGGUGUGCUAGGCUACCCCCUAAAAUAGAUGACCACCCUGGCCAUCCAAACCAUACACUUUUUCUCAUGCCAAACAAUAUUACUACUACCGAAAUGGUUCGUGUUUUUAAGUGUAAAAUUUGCAUGUUACCUUCCAAUGGUUUUUCGUAUGGAUGUAGUACUUGGAAGUAUUAUGUAGAUGUCAAUUGUGCAUUCCUACCCAAAGAAAUCACGCAUGAAGCUCACCCUGACCAUCUACUCUCAAGAAUAGAUGCUUCAUCAACAUCCAGUCUAUCGAAUACAGCAUGCAAUGCAUGUGGUUAUUACCUAAGAAAUCACAUCGCAUUCUGUUGCCAUUCUUGCAAUUUCUACUUGGAUACAGGGUGUGCUUUUAUGUUGCCUGGAUUGAUUAGGCACAAGUACGAUAAGCAUCCAUUCACCCUAAGAUACAAUCCAGUCGAGAACCAUCCUGGCGACUACUUUUGUGAAAUUUGUGAGGAAGAAUUUAACCCAGAAUCUUGGUUCUAUCAUUGUGGUUCUAGUGUCCAGUCUAUGCAUACUGCAUGUGCACCCUUAAUCAUUCAGUGUGAGCAGGCUGUAUAUACCCGCUAUAAGAUAUCUAUUUUCUAUUUCGCUAAUGUCAAGUUUGGAGGGACGUUUAAGAUAAAUGAUCACCCACAUCUUCUAACGUUUACUCAAGGGAUCAAGAGCCAUGGUCGAUGCGAUCACUGUAUAAUAAGGUUGCAAUAUAGGAUGAUCUUUAAGUGCUUGAAAUGCAAGUACGCAGUUCAUUAUGAAUGUCGUCAACCAGCCAAUAGACGAAACGAGCAAUUCCCAAAACUUAUUUCAUAUUUCAUAAUGAAGGAGCAACAACCUAGAUUAUCAAAGCAUAUUAAAAACGAGGACCAAUCAUUGUUGACUUAAUCCAGAUAUUUGAGCUUUUUUAUUUAAUUAUUAUUGCAGAAAGUAUUUGUUUUAUUAGAGUUUUGAAUAAAUCAUAUGCCAUGUUGGCUAUAGUACCGAGUCAGUUUCCUUAUUUCUUGCAUUUGUUUUAGUUUAAAAUGGCAAAGUGUACGUUGAUGGUAUCGUCCCAUCUUGUUCUUAUUGUUUUACUGUGAAAGUGAAUAAAGGUGCAGCCUUUUUUUUGCGUC